CGGGUGAUGUGGGGAAAAUAUAAGCACUACUGCUGUGCAGUGGUAGUGUGGGAGAAAGAAAAAAAUAAACAGGAGUCUCAGGGAUUCUCCAAAAAGGAAAAAAGAGUGGGCCUGUUGAAAGCACAGGAUCAUUAAGUAGUUAAGAAGGAGAGCUCACAUCUGGAGCAAGACAGAGCCUGAGUGAGUUUAUAGUUUUGGGGAAUAUGGAGGAUAAAUUGAAGCCCAGGAUUGGGAGCCCAGCUGAAAGAGUGACAUCACAGGGCAAGUUCAUUGGUUGGUAAUAGCUAAUAAUUUGACUUUCCAUUAUAGGUUAUUUUUAGAUUGAAGGUAAUUGGGGGAAAUAUUUACAGGUUACAAACUAGAAGACAAAUAGGGAAUUUUUAAAAAUCAAAUUAAGAAGUAAGUAAAUGAAGUAAUGAUGGGAAGACUAGGCAAUGUACUGCAUGAUGUGGACCCCAUUGUGGUUUGUAGAUGUAGUGAGUAUAAUGAGGUCAGCCAGGUGGACCUUGUAGAAAAUAAUUGGAACUGCAAAUCCAGUUCAAUCAGAGUGCCCUGGCUAACAGGACCCUAUUGCAAUUCAUCCACUGACCUGAUUGGAACAUGUUGGCACAAAAGCCCAGUCGGGCAACUUGUUACAAGACCCUGUCCAGAAUACUUCAAUGGUAUCCAAUACAACACAACAAAUAGUGUGUUCAGAGAAUGCCUCGGAAAUGGGACUUGGGCAAGCAGGAUCGACUACUCCCAGUGCCAACCAAUCCUGCAGCAAAAGAGGAAACACCAGAUACACUACAAACUGGCAGUGAUCAUCAAUUAUCUGGGACACUGCCUUUCCUUAGCUGCCCUCAUCAUUGCCUUCAUGCUAUUCAUGCGUCUGAGGAGUAUCCGAUGUCUUCGGAACAUUAUCCACUGGAAUCUGAUUUCCACUUUUAUCCUACGUAAUGCCACCUGGUUUGUGCUACAGAAGAUUGAUCCCAGGAUUCAUGCAAGUAAUAAGGUCUGGUGCCGAUUGGUCACAGCUGUUUAUAAUUACUUUUGUGUGACUAAUUUCUUCUGGAUGUUUGGUGAGGGCUGCUACCUCCACACAGCAAUUGUCCUGACCUACUCCACAAAUAAACUGCGCAAAUGGAUGUUCCUCUGCAUUGGCUGGUGUAUUCCACUCCCCAUCAUUAUGGCCUGGUCAGUGGCAAAACUAUACUAUGAAAAUGAGCAGUGCUGGUUUGGUAAGCGGUCACGAAAACACAUUGACUACAUCUACCAAGGCCCAGUGAUUUUGGUGUUACUGAUUAACUUCAUCUUUCUUUUUAACAUUGUGAGGAUCUUGAUGACAAAACUACGUGCAUCCACUACCUCCGAAACCAUGCAGUACAGGAAAGCAGUGAAAGCUACGCUCGUUCUGUUGCCAUUGCUUGGGAUCACCUACAUGCUGUUCUUUGUCAAUCCUGGCGAGGAUGACAUAUCACAGAUCGUCUUCAUCUACUUCAAUUCAUUCCUUCAGUCCUUUCAGGGCUUCUUUGUCUCCAUCUUUUACUGUUUCUUGAAUGGUGAGGUUCGUUCAGCUGUGAGAAAAAGAUGGCAUCGUUGGCAAGACAAUCACUGGAUCCAGACUCGGGUUGCCAGGGCAAUGUCCAUUCCAACAUCUCCCACUAGGGUCAGUUUUCAGAGCAUCAAGCAGACAACAGCUGUGUAAACACAUAGAACUGGAACAAGCUGAUGCUGGCUCACUGUGUUCCUCCAGCUGACCUUCAGUACAUGUUGGCCUUCAUCAAACUGACCCAGACAUUCUCUGCUUGUCUAUCAAACUGACCUGGGCUCAGUCCAUUACAUCAACUCCUUGGUGACAUUACUUAGUAUUUAACUCCGCAAUAAUUGUUGAAGGAUACAAGCAACAAAAAUAUAUGAACAUUAGCAGAUUCAUAACUAAGUGGAAUGGAGUCUAAUUAAUUUCAAAUUUCAACUUUCAGGUCCCUGUAGCAAAAUUGACCAUUUUACUUUUCCCCAGCCACAAAAUUCUUUACUGGAAGCAGUUGUCUCUCUUGUACACCAAGCUUGUAAAGUGCUGUUAAGUGUAAUAACAUCAUGGUAGAGAUUAAAGUGGCUUAACUUAUCUGUAAUAUAUGUAUAAUGUGCAGUGUCAGUUAUACGUUGCCACUUUGAUAAUCAGUGUACUUUGUGGCAUUUAGAGGCCCUGACAAAAAGCACACAGUAGAUAGAGCAAUCAAAAUCUAUGGAGUAAUUUCAACAAUAUUGUGUCAUUAAUCAAAUAACUAGUGUGGAGUUCUAAUGCUGAAUACCGUUGUAUGACACUAAAGAAAGUUGACAGGCCUAAUCUGUCACUUGGGAAGGUUCAUAGCUGCAAAUCUCUCCAUCAGGUAGUACAAGACAAACACAAGUAUCUUUUCCCAGUUUCUUUCAUAGUUUAUCAACAGCUUGUUUUCUGUCAUCCACCACCGAAUUUGGUUGUACCCACUCAGAAUGAUAGAACGCUAAAUCAAAAAGCCCGUGAUUUAUCAAUGAAUAUCACUUUUACAUUUCAAAAGAGUAAAACCUAUUUUCAGAAGAUAUUAUUUUCAAAGUGAAUGCGUUCCAGCUGAAUCGCUGUUCAAACUGGUUCUGUGUUCCAUUUGAGUCUGUGUCCAGUAGAUUUACUAUUCUGGUUGAUUAUGUGAUCCACUUGACUAGUGUUUUAUUGAUACUAUGAUAAAGUUGAUUCCAUUUUCCAGCUGAAUCUGUUCUGUAGAUAUUUUGUUCUCAUUUGUUUCAUAUAGUUGUUUCUGUUGACUAGCUUAUUCUGUUUCCAAAUGAUUCUGUGUUUUAGUAAAUUCUGUGCCAUAGUUAAAUUUGUCCAAUGAAUUCUCAGUUUUUCUUUAACAGGGUGAUCUGGUUGAUCUUGUGUUCCAUGUGAUCCUGAGGAAGUUGAUUUUUAGCUUCAGUUGAUUGAGUGUUUUCAAUGUCCAAUGUUCCAGUUGAUUGUCAUUCUGAACUAGCCUCUCUGUCUAAGACUUCAUUCUAGCAGCAGAGAAUUCAAACUUUCAGUUCCAGCAGCCAGAAAAAACCUACACAACUAGCUGAAAGCAAAACUAAAACCCUUUAGGGCUGACCCCAUCCACUCAUGCUUCUCUUGUCUUACCUAAAAAAAAAGUCACCUAGGAAGAACUCAAACUUUUUAUCACCUGUCUGUAUGAAAAAGACAUUUCGGCAUCCAGUGACAACACCCCUCUACAAGAGAAAUAGGACAAAACACAUCUGUUAAUGGUCAAUAUCAUCAUAAUUCUUCCAACCAAAGGGCGCAACCUCAUACCACACUGUAUUCAAUGUACCACUUCUUUGCCCACUCUCCUAGCCUGUCCAAAUCCUUCUGCAGCCUCCCCACAUCAUGAACACUUCCUGUUCCUCCCCCUAUCUUUGAGUCAUCUUUCUCCAUGUCUAUCCAGACUUCAGGUAUGUUCUAUUUUCUUCAAAUGUUGACUGAAAAGAGCUCUCAUUUGGGGAAAAAAUGAUGCCUUUUUCCAGUUUUCUGCACUUCAAUAAUUUCAAAAUAUUUCAAUUUUUGCUUCUUUAAACCAUUCCAGCGCUUGGCAGUUUCCAAAUGCAGUACAGUAAAAGUGGAUACUCUGCAAUUGAUGCAAAGAAAAUUCUAUUUAAACAGGGGAUUAUGGUAGUGGAAUUUUCAUUGGUGUAAUCUUGGAACUUAUGGAAAUCAAUUUGGUGUAUCAUACUCCCUUUUCAACAGCUCCAAUAAAGCCAUGUACCACUGCGCCAG